AUGUACCGGCAAAUUUUAGUUUAUGAAUCCCAAAGAGACUUACUUCGAAUCUUAUGGAAGAGAGACCUUAGCGACUCACCUGUGACAUAUAGACUCAAAACGGUGACUUAUGGUACUAAAAGUGCUCCAUUUUUAGCCAUUAGAUGCAUAAAGCAAGUUGCAUAUGACGAAAUGCAUAAAUAUCCUGAAGCUGCCAAAGCUGUCUUGUCAGACUGUUAUGUUGAUGAUGUCAUCUCUGGUUCAUCAAACUUAGACUCAGCAAGGGAAUUGAAAAAUCAGCUUAUACAGCUUUUUCAUAGUUGUGGAAUGACUUUGCACAAAUGGAACUCUAAUUCUCCUGAACUGUUGGAUAGCCCUUCUACAAGCUCUGAGCUUUCAUUCUCCUCCAAAAGUGAUAAUGUGGUUAAAGCUUUAGGCAUUACAUGGAAUUCUCAGAAGGAUGAAUUCAGCUUUAAAGUCUCAAUCAAGGAGAAAUCAUCAUAUACCAAAAGAGACAUUUUAUCGACAAUUGCCAGACUUUAUGAUCCUUUAGGACUGAUUGGUCCGAUAGUUUCAAAUUUAAAACCUGUUGAGAACAUAAAAAUUAAUCGUUGCAUCCUCUCCAAUCAUCCAAGCAAGAUUUCACUCAUUGGAUAUGCAGAUGCUUCGGAAGCCGCUUAUGGUGCAGUUGUCUACUUGAUUUGUGUCGAUGAAGAUCACGGCUCGUCAUCUCAUCUACUAGCCAGCAAAUCUCGUGUGGCUCCAUUGAAAACUUUAUCUAUUCCAAGAUUGGAACUUUGUGCAUGUUUGUUAUUGGCUCAUCUGAUUUCGAAAGUUAGCAACUCAUUGAAGAUGCAUUUAGAUGACAUCAUUCUGUGCACUGAUUCAACGAUAGCACUGUCAUGGUUGAAGACUUCUCCUCAUCUUUUGAAGACCUUUGUUGCAAAUAGAGUCUCCAAAAUCCAAAGACUAGUAGAGCCGCGACACUGGAAGCACGUAUCAUCAGCAAAUAAUCCGGCAGAUCUGAUUUCUCGUGGUGCUUAUCCUCAUGAACUUGUGACAUCUUCCUUGUGGUGGAAUGGUCCUGAACAGAACGAACUUAGUGAUGCUUCUUUAUUUGAACUUGACAAGACUCUCAUAGAUUCUCCUGCUUAUCAGGAUGAACUUAAAAAACCUUUAGACGUUAAUUUGAACUGUUUCUGUCUGUCCAAUCUGAAAGGUCCAGUGAAGAAAACAGGCCCCAUUAGUAGCACUGAAUUUCAAGAUGCGGAAAUGCACUUGAUAAAAAUGGUUCAGGUAAUAGAAUUUGCAGAGGAGAUUAAAUCACUUCAAGAUCAGAGAGUAAUCAAAAGUCAG